ACGGGCCUUUUUGUUUAUCUGUUUAUCCUGCUGCUGGAGUCAUUCCCUAUUUCUACUCCUCGUCGAGCGCUAAGCCGGAACCUCGAUCCUUGUUUAUCCGUACGUAGGUUGUUUGUUUAUCUGCGGCACCCGCACCCGUCGGGCAUUGACAACCGCACACCACCAACCAGCUUCAUCCCACCCAAGUAGACAGAGAGUCGCAUUCAUUACAUAUCGACGGGUAUUGCGGUUGUUGAUCCUGAAUAUCUUGUUACUGGUGGUGCUCCUUGCAGCGUCUCUGACUAUUUUUAUUUUUAUUUUUUUUUUUCUUUUAUACGCACUAGGGAUACCUCCUGUUAUUGUUGCUUUACUGACAGACGAAAGCUUUAUACACAUAGACACAUCCACAGAGCAAAACUAUGGCCGACGAAGAAGAUUUCUCUUCUCUCCCUCUUCCCGAGAGAUUUGCGCACAAGAUCUGGAAAGUACGGAAAGAAGGCUACGAAGCGGCCAAGAAACAAUUUGAAAUAUCUCCAGAUGAAGACGCUCCCGUAUUUCGACCGUUCCUACAAGACCCGACCAUUUGGAAGGGCGUCGUCGCAGACACAAACGUUGCCGCCCAGCAGGAGGGUCUUGCUGCAUACUGCUCCUUUCUACAAUAUUCAGGGGUCCAGGCCUGUAAUAGAACACGCUCUGUUACUGCCGCACCUAUAAUCGAAAAGGGUCUUCCCCAAACCCGCCCCGCAGCAAAAGCGAGUGCGCUCGAAGCACUGUUACUUUUUAUUGAGCUCGAUAAACCUGAGCCAGUUAUCGAAGAGCUUGUCGCUGCACUCUCACAUAAGACUCCCAAGGUCGUGGCCGCCGCUCUAUCGGCCCUUACCUCUAUAUAUCACAACUAUGGAAUCAAGAUAGUGGAAACAAAGCCGGUUCUCAAAGCUCUGGCGAAAGUCUUCAGCCAUGCAGAUAAGAACGUGAGAGGAGAAGCCCAAAAUUUGACGGUAGAGCUUUACAGAUGGCUUAAGGAAGCCCUCAAAGCUACUUUUUGGAACGACUUGAAGCCUGUACAGCAACAGGACCUGGAGAAACAGUUUGAAAAAGUGAAACAAGAUCCCCCACCAAAACAGGAACGGUUUACCCGCACACAACAAGCGGCCAUGGCUGAGGCUAGUGCAAAUCCUGGCGCUGAAGAUGGUAUGGGCGAGGUUGAAGGUGACAACCUGGAAGAUGACGGUGAAGUCGAUGUCUUUGAUUUAGUUGAAGCGGUGGACAUAACUGCAGCCGCGCCAAAGGACCUUCACCAGAAUUUAGCGUCAUCCAAAUGGAAGGAUAGGAAGGAGGCACUGGAUGACUUAUACAAGGUUGUUAACGUCCCAAAGAUCAAAGAGGGCAAUUUUGAUGAACUAUGCGGUGACCUUGGGAAAUGCAUGAAAGAUGCGAACGUCCUGGUAGUGACAGUUGCAGCGAAUUGUAUCUGUGCGAUUGCAACUGGACUUCGGAAAGGAUUCGCCAAGUACCGCUCUGUUGUGAUGCCGCCAAUGAUGGAACGACUAAAAGAGAAGAAGGCUACGGUAUCAACCGCAUUAGGCCAGGGUUUGGAUGCCGUGUUUUUGUCUACAAGCUUGACCGACUGUCUGGAAGAUAUCCUUGGAUUCCUAAAGCAUAAGAAUCCUCAGGUGAAGCAGGAAACCUUCAAGUUCCUAGUCCGCUGCCUACGAACUACCAGAGAUGUACCUUCGAAGGGGGAGGUAAAGUCAAUAGCUGAGGCUGGAACAAAACUUCUUACAGACUCGAGUGAAGUGACUAGAUCAGGAGGCGCGGAAAUUUUGGGAACUCUCAUGAAGAUUAUGGGUGAACGUGCAAUGAACGUAUAUCUAGACGGGCUGGAUGACAUUCGAAAGACCAAGAUCAGGGAGUUCUUUGAAACGGCAGAGGUUAAAGCAAAGGACAGACCAAAACCCAUAAUCGGUCCACCAAAGACUAUCGCUACACCAGCAAAGAAACCAAUGGGUAAGAAGCCGUUGGGCGCUAAGAAACCUGCUCCUGCUCCUGCUGCUGCUGCUGCCCCCGCCGCUCCAAGCGAACCUCCAGCGUCGCCAGCACCCGCAAAGAAGGCCGCCCCCAAGAUAGGAGCUCCUCGUGGCCUUGCCACUCCUGGUUCUGGACUGAAAUUGAAAUCCAAACUGGCUGGACCAGGUGGUGCUGCCUCUCCGCAACGCCGCGUGGUUUCGCCCCCCAUGGAGGAUCCAGCAGCACUUCCUCCUCCUCCUCCUAAGUUUGGAAUUGGCGGUGGUGGUAGAGGACUAGCUAGUCGACCAAUAGGUAAACCAAGUGCACCUGUGCAGGAGCAACCGAUUGCUCAGAUCGCCACCGGCUUAUCUGCUAUUGAAAGAGCUGAGCUGGAGGAGCUUCGGGCGGAAAACGCGAGGCUAUCUAAAAUGACCGAAGAGCUACGAGCAGAGCGGUCAAGAUUAUCAUCUGAAGUUCAUGAACUUCAAAAUCAAAACGCUCAGCUGAUAGAAGACCAUACCCGAGAUGUGCUAAGCAUCAAGGCUAAGGAGACUCAACUAGUUCGAGCACGAGGAGAUGCAGAAACUGCAGAACAAAGUGUUCAAAAGCAACAGCGAGAGAUUGAGAGACUGAAACGGGAGCUUUCGCGGGCUAUGAGAGCCGGAGCAACCAGUCCUCCGAUGACACUACCUGAUAUGAGCCUCAACAUGGGUAUCAGUGAUAGCGGAGGCAUCUACCAAGAUGAUAUGCAUCGUAUUAACGGGACACCCUCUCGUGCAAGCCUUCAUAUGGGAUCUCGAUUCGAAAGCGCACGGCCAAGAAGCUUUGUUUCAUCAAGUCCAAGCGAGGAAAAGGAAAACACUGGCAUGGUUUCUCCUGCUUUAAGCACUGGAUUCUCAGGCCGUAGAAAGUUUAGCCCUCCCGCUGGAUCCGCAUACUCUUCCGGCAGGGGUAGCCCGGCAAGAACUUCGAGGACCCCUACGGGUGAUGCGCCCGCUUCAAUUGAACCGUCAGAAAACUGGAAAAGAGCUGCGGAAGUGACAAGCCAAUUGAAAGCUAGAAUAGAGCAGAUGAAGGCAAGACAAGGCUUGUCAAGGCCUCCUACUUCGCAUUAACAUUAGUCUAUCCGCCAAUUUGGCUCCAAUAUAGACUCUCACUCUUCCCUAAAACGCUCCGUUCUCCAGCUUAUUUUACGAAAUACCCAUUCAGUUUGAUCGUUAUUUAAUUCCUCGAUAUAUUCUCUGCAUGGUCUUCUUUUCACCCCUUCUUUUCUUGAUUCUCAAUGCGUAUAUGAUGAGGGUAUAGGCAAAAACAAUGGGGAAACAAACGGGCCAUGGGUUGAUUGUUAUUAUUAAUAUUCUUCUCUCUCCCUUUUUCUAUCGCUUCCAUUCCUCUUACGUUUUUUUUAUCUACGGCUUCA